AUGCCGGGGAAACAAUUCAACGAUCCUUGCAGCGACUGCCAGGAUGCGGAAGCUAUAAUAGACGUGCGCACCCGCCAUCUAUGUCGGGACUGUUAUAUACAAUUUACUAACCGCAAGGUCGUGCGGCGAAUGGACUAUUACCGCCAGAUUCGAAAUGCGCCCAAGGAUAAACGGCGCAAAUUGCUUCUUCCUCUUUCAUACGGACCCUCCUCCUCGGUCCUGCUGCACAUGCUGAACGAGCAGUUAGAACGACAAACGUCUGAAUGGCAUGGCACAACAGCAUACGAUCUUCACGUUCUUGUUGUUGACCCGUCAACUAUAUCAUCGUCAAAUCCGUCUUGUCAGGAAAGGUUCUUCUCUCUGCAGCAGAAGUAUCCCAGACACACCUACACGCAGAUCCCGUUUCACGACAUCUUUAAGUAUGAUCAAAAUAUCAAGGAAACUAUGAAGGAGUUUGCUGGGCCAGAAUUCGAGGAUGAUCCAUCUAAGCCGGACAAAGAUCGGCUAGAUGCGUUUCGCGCAUCGAUUCCUUCAGCUACAUCCAGGACGGACAUUGACAAUGUCUUGUUAAACAGGCUGAUAAUAGCAUUUGCAAAAGAAAGUGGAUGUGAAGGUAUACUUUGGGGUGAUUCAGACAGCCGUCUGGCAUCAAAGACCCUGGCCAGUGUUGCCAAGGGACGUGGCUCGUCCUUGAUAUGGCAGGUCUGUGACGGCAUGUCUCCCUCGGGCCUCCAGUUCACUUUCCCUCUGCGAGACCUAUACAAGUCUGAGUUGCAGCAAUACUCCGGUUUAAUUCCGGAGCUUCAAGACAUUCUCAUACCUGAGGAGUCAAUCUCUGCCGACAUGUCUGCUAGGAACAUGUCGAUCGAUGAACUGAUGAUGCAGUAUAUCCAGACCCAGGGUGAGAAGUACCCUGGUAUUAUGGCCAACGUAGUUAGGACGGUAACCAAACUCCAACGGCCGUCUAUUUCUGGUGCUCAAUCUCGGUGCGCUCUUUGCGGUACGGUUGACGUCCGGGGAAGCAGUGCUCAAGCAUCCGAGGGACGCGGUGCUCUAUUCUGCUACGGAUGUGCAAGAUCGAAAUCAGACAUGAGCCCUGUCACUAGAUGA